AUGAGUUCGUCACAUGGGGCUUCGAGGCACUCGCGAUCGAGCUCUGAUAGUAUUGAUCCGUUCUCCGACCCAGACAUUUAUUAUGGCGGCAACGAGAAGGCGGUGGGAAGACAUGCACGGAUACAUCAGCGAGCACAAUCCGCGACUUUGAAAAGGUUCGAUUUGACCGAUAUCAGUAGCUUUAUCGGGAGGAGAUCCAGUCACGAUGAGCUUUCACAUACAAGGAGGUUUUUGAUUGAUGUCGAUACGACCUUGGAGGGGUUAUUGGAGAGGGAAGAUACAGACAGAAACAUGCAGAUUACAAUCGAGGAUGAAGGGCCAAAGGUCUUUUCCGUCGGUACUGCCGCGUCCUCUGGGUUCAACAGAUUCGAUCUUCGGGGCACGUACAUGCUCUCGAACCUUCUUCAAGAAUUAACAAUCGCGAAGGAUUAUAGACGAAAGCACAUUAUACUCGACGAGCAGCGUCUUAACGAGAAUCCAGUCAGCCGUUUGUCCCGCUUGAUCACGAAUUCCUUUUGGAAAGCUCUUACGCGGCGGAUCGACGGGUCGAACAUUGAUGUUGUGGGAAAAGACCCUAAAGAUUGGACGGAUGACCCCCGGCCUCGAAUAUAUGUACCUCCAGGAGCCCCAGAACAGUACAAGUAUUACCAAGGGAUCGCGGAAUUACGACCGGAAUUGCGUUUAGACGUUCAGCUUCUUCCCCCAGAGGAGGAGAUUACCCCUGAAUUCGUAAGGGACCUGAAUGAUAAGCCGGGGCUUUUAGCCUUGGCUAUGGAGGAGUAUACCGAUGAAAUCACUGGAAAACCGACUUUACGAGGUGUGCCAUUUGUGGUUCCAGGUGGACGAUUCAAUGAAUUGUAUGGCUGGGAUAGCUAUAUGGAAUCCCUAGGGCUUAUUGUGUCUGACCGGGUGGAUCUGGCAAAGAAUAUGGUGAUUAAUUUCUGCUUUUGCAUCAAGCACUACGGGAAAAUUCUCAACGCAAAUCGCUCGUACUAUCUCUGCCGCUCGCAACCCCCAUUCCUCACAGAUAUGGCAUUGAGAGUCUACGAGCGAAUCAAACCGGAGCCGGACUCGCUUGAAUUUCUUCGCCAGGCUAUGUUAUCCGCAAUCAAAGAAUACUAUAGUGUCUGGAUGUCAGAGCCAAGGCUUGACCCCGUCACUGGGUUGUCAAGGUACCGACCAGGCGGCGUUGGUGUCCCUCCCGAGACAGAACCGACACAUUUCUACCAUAUUCUCACUCCUUUUGCUGAAGAACACGGCAUGUCUUUUGAUCAAUUUGUCCAAGCAUAUGAUAGUGGAGAGCUCAAGAUCCCUGAGUUGGAUGAGUAUUUCUUACAUGACAGAGCUGUUCGAGAAUCGGGUCACGAUACAUCGUACCGUCUUGAGAAAGUGUGCGCCAAUUUGGCCACGGUGGACUUGAACUGCCUGCUGUACAAGUAUGAGGUUGACAUUGCUCGCACGAUCCGUGAUCACUUCAAAGACAAACUCUAUAUUCCCCCGGAGUUUCGUACCAAAGGCAACGAUUCGAAGGAGUUUGAGUCCUCGGCGUUAUGGGACCGCCGGGCAAAGCGUAGAAAGGCUCUGAUCGAUAAAUAUAUGUGGAAUGAGGACAAAGGCAUGUACUUCGACUACGACACCGUGAAGCAGGAAAUGACCACCUACGAAAGCGCAACCACGUUUUGGACUAUGUGGGCCGGCGUUGCAACUCCACGACAAGCGUCGAUUCUCGUCAGCAAAGCCCUUCCAAAAUUUCAAGCUUACGGCGGUUUAGUAUCCGGUACCGAAGAGUCUAGAGGGGUCAUUGACAUUGACCGUCCGAACCGUCAGUGGGACUAUCCGUACGGCUGGGCACCACAGCAGAUGCUCGCAUGGACAGGCUUAUUGCGCUAUGGAUACCAAGAGGAAGCUGAGGCACUGGCUUAUAAAUGGCUGUAUAUGAUCACAAAAGCGUUUGUUGAUUUCAACGGGGCGGUGGUAGAGAAAUAUGACGUUACCAGGCCAAUUGAUCCGCAUCGUGUGGACGCUGAAUAUGGAAAUCAGGGCAGCGAUUUUAAAGGUGUUUCGAGAGAAGGGUUUGGUUGGGUCAACGCGAGUUUCGUUUAUGGCCUCCAGUUCUUGAACGCCCAUAUGAGACGAGCCCUUGGUGCAUGUACUCCGUAUGAUACGUUCAGCAAGGCCACAGCAUUGCAGUACUAG